UGGUAGCUUCUCUGCCCCUCGUUGAUUCCAUCACUGGCCUCUUGGCGGUAGAUCCUGGGAUGACGAUACCAUUUUGGAUGAAAGUAAUGGGGGGGACUGUCCUAAGCCCCUCUUUGCACUCUAAGUGGAUGCCGGAGACGGCAAGGGAACAGCGUGCUCCUUCUUGGCAAAGAACUCUCCGUUCCUUACACAAACACCGCCAGGGCUUGAUGCUUUCCAGUCCUGAAUGUCACCUGCUGUAGGCAAUGGUGGUGGUGGUGGUGUGUGUGUGUGUGUGUGUGUGUGUGUGUGUGUGUGUGUGUGUGUGUGUGUGUGUGUGUGUGUGAAUGUAUUUGUGUGUAAAUCCAGCGCUGAGUGGCUCUGCGACCGGGCAGAAAUACCUUCCCUAAUGCAGUGCCAGCCUUAAAAAGAAGCAACAGCUAAACACUGUGGAGGAUAAGAAGAGGAGAAGAAGAAGUAGGAAGAGAUUAGGCUCUGAGGAGAGAGACAGGGAGAGAGAGGGACUCCAGCUUCCAGAAGGAUGAAUCAGAAUCCAGGGCAUCCAAGGACAUCUGGGGAGGGUCUGGAAUCUUGGUCUGUCGGAGAGGGCUGCUAAGCAUGGGAAUGGCAAGGUUUUCAUGUCAGAACGCCAAUGUUCAUGUCUCUGGAUGGAAGAUCAGUUGAUGUCUUGAGAAUCCGUCCUUUGGAGAAGAAGGUAUAGAGGAGGGUGACUGCGUCCCAUCCCGUCUGCUACGUCUGGGAGAAGUGUCUCCUUCAUAUGCGAUUGUGCCUCUUGAGCAGGAAUGUGUUUGUAGGUUGGGAACUAUCUGCCAUUCUGGCAGCUCCAAGAACAGUGUGUCUACUUAAGUUUUUUUUUUCUCUCACUGACACACUGUCCUGUAUUUUUACUUCCUGAACGUCCCACCUCCUGUUUGUCUUUUGUGGAGCACAUCAUUCCUUUUACUGUUUGACAUCAAGGACUUGUUUCUUGUGACUGGAGAACUGGUCUGGGAGCUAGAUUGCCGACUAAGUCCCUGUUUGGCUUUGCCUGCUCCGGUUGCUGUUUUGGGACAUCUUUCUGCUUCAUGAGAAAUCUGACUGUGUUUAGCUAUGUAUUUUUAAAUGUCUUUAAUCAUGGGCGACCUCCACUGUUCAUGUGGAACACCGUUUGCCUGAGAUCCACAGUAGCCCUUUUUUUGGUUACAUAAGAAGGGUUCAGAAGGGUGCACACUGUCCCAAAGCCAGUGGAGAAUGAGACAGAAACUACUCAAGAAGUGGAUGAGAUUAGCUUCAGUCCCUGGAGUCUAUGCGGAUCAAACAGAAAUUAUGUUUUCGGAGAGUGCCAGGGGACUGUUUUGCUGACUGGCCCAGGGCUGCAUUAGGGAGUGCUACUGGGACGAGAAGAUUCUGGAAAAAAAAGAGGAAGGCAUGGAGUAGCGCACUCUGUCCCUGACAAGAUGCCAGACAUCUAUAUAUGGUAAUCCAGGAGCCAGGACUGUCAAGGAGUUUUUGCGGUCGUCCCUGUCCGGCUCUACUCUGCCCCGGUGGAACAGCCUGGCCUCAGCCUUCUCUACUCAGUCCAGUCCACUGAGUGUCAUGGACGUGCUGAACCUGUGGAGUGACGACCCUGAAGAGGUGCUGUUUGACCUCGGCUUCGGCGUAGAGGAACCAGACAUCACAGGACGAAUCCCGGCCCGCUUCAUCAACAACCAGUCCCAGGCCCGUGGGAUCAAUCUACAAGUGUUUCUGGAUGCCCAGAAGAACCGUAUGGACAUCGAAAACCCAGAUGUCAGAAAUCGAUUCAGGCAGUUGGAGGUUCUCCACCAGGUCACUACUGCCUUCAACUCCCUGGUAGGCGGAGGAGCCGGUGGGGGUCCGUCGAGCUCCCAGGGGCCCCUGGCCAACAUGUCCCCCGAAGCCCGUGAGAAGAGGAAGCGCAUGGGCAUGCUCCUACGCCGGGCCUCCAAGAAGACCCUGACGCAGGCCAGGACCUCCCAGGAGCAGCCACUCAGCCCAGUCGCAGACUCCACCACCGACCCCGAGCAACCCACCCCACCGCAGGCGCAGACGCCCGUGUCCACGCGCCUGUCCGAAAAGCGGGGUGUCCUCAAGCGCACCAGGCCAAGCCUGGUGGAGAACGGCAGCCUCACCCCUCUGGUGGAGGAACAGGGGCUUCUCCCAGAGCCCUCCGAGGUCCAUGCCCAGACCGUGGUGUCGCCCGUGGGCCUCCAAGACAGCCCCGCCAGGCUGAGGGGCAUCAGGGAGCCCCGGUCCCUGGUCCCUACCCCUCUACUCAGGAAGAGAAGCCCAGGAGAGCCCACGGAGUCUUUUGAGCUGGAGGAGAUCCAGAGCUUCGAUGAGAGCAGUGUGUCUGGCAGUGUGACUGGGAUGGCAGACUACAUAGGUGAAGGUGAGCGUGGGUUCCUAUCGCGAAGAGAGUCAAGUGUGGUCCGAACCAACAGCUGCCAGUCGGACAGCAGCGGGUUCCUGGAGGAACCUUUCAUCCCUGUCGCCUCCCAGUCUCCGUCCCCUGGCCCUGAGCUCAUGAAGGCGCUGAAUGCCAUGUCUAGCAGCACAGAAAGCCAGGCAACGCUGAGGGGAAGUCAGGAGCCCUCUCCCACCUCGCCAACCUUCCCCAACCCCCUCUUCUCCUUGCUCCCUCCCGCGCCCGAUUCAGACGCCCCCACCUCUGACCUGGCCGAUUCCACGACAGCUCCUCUGGGCGAGGAGAGGCGAGCGACCCCCCCAGAGACCCCCCCGGUGCUGCCCAAGGGUUCGUCGGUGGACCCGACAGAUGCUGAAGACGACGCUGCUCCUGCUGACGUCAGGGGGGAUGCCAGUGCCAUGGGGGCCGAUCAGUCCUGUCCAUUCUUAGAAUCCUGUCAAAGCUUAGAAUGUGCUGGCUGCGUGGACACUGACAGCAGACGGUACAGUUCCACUACGGAGGACUUAGCAUCUGACGGGGUCAGUGUGACUGCAGAGAGUCUGGAGGGAGGUGAACAACCUUCAUCUGAACUGGACAAUGAGCAACGGCAGCAUUUCAGGGAAAGUGCAAUCAGUGUGGCCCUCGAACCAACGCUCAGUGAAGAGGGGAUUAGUAAUGUACGUGAUGAAGGUUCGACCGGUGAGGUCUCAGCUUGUGACGGAGUUGUCAGCCUGAUCGUGAGUGUUAGUGCAAUAAAAGAACGUGAGGUGAGUGCAUGUCGUGAGGCGGAGGAGGAGGGUGCGGAACGUGUGGUUAGUGAGCAAGCUGUGACUGAGCAUGUGCAGUGUGAACCUGUGGUCAGUGAAACAGCAGACAGUGAGAACACUGCAAGUGAAUUUGCGCCUUGGGCUGUAAGUGGUAAUGCUAGCAAGAGUGUGGUUAGCAAAAGUCAGAGUCAUAGCGAUCACAGUGUCAGUACAGAUGCAACUGUAGUUUGUGCUCGUAGCAAUAACGUAUUAAAGGACUGUACAAGCACUGCCCUUUGUGCUAGAGACCAUGCUAAUGCUGAAGACAGUCCUGAGCAGACUGAAAAGACUCAACGUACAAUGAAAGAAUGUGGUGCUGUAAUCUCUUUACAGUCCACUGUAGCAGAGGAGAGACUUGCUAUAUCGGGUGAACGUCAGGCCUUGGGUGAUAAAGGGUUAAGUUCUAAACAUGCCUACUCCCAACUAGAGGCACAGUCAGAGCCCACUCACACACUAAACCAAGGCACACAGAUGUCCACCACAGAAACAUCUCAACUUGUAGACUCCCAUGAACUUUCAGAGGGCUCGUCAGUAGACGGGGAUAGUGUACUUAUAGAGGGUACGUCAGUAGAUGGGGAAAGUGUCCCUAUAGAACCUUCCAGAACAGAAGGAAGGCCUCGUCUUCCGGGACGGUCGGUGUCGGUACAGAUGCGCUCGUCGCUAGUACCCAUUUCCCAGACAGCCUUUAGGAAAGGUGUCACCCAAGAGGCUCUCCGUUCUAGUGAUGUCGCACAGAGGCGGGACUCUUUCUCCAGGAGGGCGUGGUCUGAAGUGGAAAUACCCCCGCCCACCCCACAGAGCCUCGCCGAGGAAAUACCAGAGCUGGCUUCCGCCGGUCCAUUUUGGCAAUCCCUGGACAGCUCAAAGGGGUUCGGAAAGUUCCAGAAGCGGUCCAUCUCCUUGGAUACGGGGCUGUCGUGGGAGGAUGAUGACGGGCGGCUGGAUGGUGUAAUGAUGGCAGGUAGAGCAUCUCGCUGGUGUCAGUGCCAGUGCUUCUGCUGCUCCCAACACGGUCCGCAUACAGACCUGUCACAGCCAGCCUCCGGUCUCCCAUAUUCUCUGGACGAGCUGGAGGGGAUGAUGCGGGAUGUGAAGAGGUUCCGCGCUGUCCUCACCGACGUCGAGGAGCGGCUGGGUCACGAACAGGCCUCUGUGUACGAGGAUCUAUCAGUCACUGACAGGGAGGAGGUCAGGGACGUGCUGGAGCUCAGGGCCACGGUCAAACAGGAGGCACGGGAGCUAGAGCUGCAGCUGGCUGACCUGGUCCAGCACUAUGACGGCAGCUUCAAAAUGAAGAUCAACAGGCUUCUGGAUGAACAGUCUCAUCUCUGCACUCAGCUGAGGAUACAGCCCUCAGACAGGCCCCGCCUAGAGCCCGCCUCCAGCAGAAGUGUGGCCAUUCAGUGUAGCCUGCUGCCUGUGACGGACACGAUUGACACCCGGCCCCCUCCCCAUCAUUUCAGUCGCAGCACAAAGCAAGGCAAGCUGGACUUCGUAGGGUUCAUCCAAAAUCUGAAGAAUUCGAUCCACCAGUCCAUCAGUAAUGACUCGCUGGAGUGAAGCUAACAAACCUAUAUGAUCUGCCGCCAACUUGAAGAUGUCUUCCUCUUGAACUAAUGUAUUCCCUCCCAUGAUUGCCUUCAUCCGCCUACUGCCUUUUAAUUUUUUAAUGAGGACAAGAGUGCAGGCUUCCAAGCACAAGCAAGUCUUCUGCUCGGGUCCAAUAAA